AAAUCCUUCUAUAUGUUUUGGCAUGAUCUGUGCGUUUUACAGCCCCCGUGAGCAUAUAUAGCAUAUAUCACUGACUUCAUAACCGGCGGAGGCGUGUGCAGGUCACUAGAACGUGCUUAUGAUCUGUGGUUUGAAAAUUACAUGCUUGCUUUCACGCACCAGGUUUCCUUUUUUUUUUUUUUUUUAAGGCUCAAGUGGUCGUAAGGCAGAGUACGGCGUCUAGACAGGGGACGGAGAGUCGGUAGAUGGCAGUCGUGUCCCUUCUGCACUAGACAGGAAGAAGCAGCGCAUCAAACACUCACACUUAGUACCCAGGCUAUACACAAUCAUACACGCAUAUGUGUACGUCAAACAGGCGCUACAGACCUGUCCGAACGCCCGCACACCCCCUCAUCAUAUAAUCUAUAGCGUUCUGGGUUAUUGCACUCGACCAAUCAUUGGUAAGAUGGAAAAAGAUUAUUGGACCAUUGACUUUUACGCAUCCAAGAAGACGCCACUGAAGACAGUCAGAAGAGUGAGACUUUGGGCUGAGGGCUACAUCAAUACGUGUUAGAAGAUUCUUGGUGUCACCAGCGGAGUGCGCUGAGCCGAUGCCCACCGAGAGCCGCGCGUCAUUGGACACGUCUGGGUAUACUUCACACUAGAACUUCAUUCACCGAAGAGAUCUCGACGUAUUCGACGAGUCUCGCCUCUUUAGAUGCUCCUGCUCGCGGGGUGACUCACUUGUAGCUGUUCUCCGGUCAGCUCUCGCGCGCUGCGUAAUACGGCUUGGCGCGGAGCGCAGCAUCAUUCGCGUGGAUUUUCGUCGCGUCAGUGGAUUGCUUUUCGUCGGAGUUGAGUUGAACUGUAUUGAGUAUCUGGUGGGAUGUAGCUUUUGAUGAAUACCUCACCUCUGACAAGUUUAUACGCAUUUGAAAAGGAACUACGACGGUGGUUAUUGUAUUAAUCGAUCAACUAACUAAGAAAGGGAUGAUUUGACUCACAUUUGGCGCAUUUUCAUCCACUUUCCUGAAAAGAAAAUAGAAACUUGGAAGAUUUUGUCCUUUUUCUCCUUUCCAGAUGAUGCUGAUCGUCUUGGAUAUGAUGUGAUAUAAGAAUAUUUGCGCGAGGCUUUCUCUCGCAAGGCAUUCCGUAGGACAUUAUCACAUUUCAAGGAAAUAAGCAUCUUGAAAUCCGCACUGGGCUGUGAGUAGAAAUCUAAUCAGAUCGGGUGCGUAAAGAGGGAAGAAAAGUUCCGUUUUAAACCAUGACUGUGGAAUAAGACCAUCAGCUGUCUGCGUUUAUGGUCUGUUGAAGAUUGAGAUGAAGAAGAUGCAGGGAAUGGUCCAUCUCAGGGAUAAAACCCAUCUAGAUGCGUACUGGCUGAAUGUGAAAACCCAAAUCUGUGGUGGUAAACGCCAAGAAUGACACGCAAAACCAGGGAGACGACGAAUUAAUUGAUUUAUCAGCAGGAAAAGACUCGGUACACCGGAUUUUGAUGAUGCAGGGCAAGAAAGCAUCGAGAUAUUUGCUCUAGAGGCACUCGUCCAUAUGAUGGCAUUGACAGGAAGACCGAGUGGAUAUACGGGAGCGAAUUUCUUCUCAUAGAAGCUUGUAAAACUGCUCUUGGAUAGCUUGGAUAGCCCAAAGUACACGCUGAAGAACAUUUCAUUCGCCUCGCGCUACAUUCCUUGAGAAUUGCGGAUGGAUUUUCGUGCUUUGGAAGCGAACGGAACGGCGAUUUUGCCUGCGAUUUGAACCUCACAGAUUGAGAAAGGCAAAGCCAGCUAGCGAAACCGAGCGUGAAGAUGUCCAGAAACUUCUGGCACUGUGGAAGACUUGGCAGGGCGGUUGGCAUGGCAACCAAGGACAGGAAGUAAAUCAGUGCCAGCUGGAAAAGUGGUCGCCAAGGAGACAUCGUGCAGAAACUUUGCAGCACUCAUUGACAUCAAGUUUGGCCUAAUAAAACCCUUCCCAAAGAGUGGAGAACCUGUCAGCGAAUUAUGAAUGAUAAACAAGAUGACCUCCUCCCUGAUGCAGCAGACGAUGAGAGGUCCUAGGUGGAACCGGGCCCUGUCCGACCCAUUGUUCGUGCUGUCACUGGCCCUGCAGCUUCUGGUGGUGGCUGGCCUGGUGCGAGCGCAGACCUGCCCCUCCGUCUGCUCUUGUAGCAACCAGUUCAGCAAGGUCAUUUGUACGCGACGUGGCCUUCGAGAUGUACCUGAUGGUAUUUCCACCAACACAAGGUACCUGAACCUUCAGGAGAACCUCAUCCAGGUGAUUAAGGUUGACAGCUUCAAGCAUCUGAGGCACCUGGAGAUCCUGCAGCUCAGCAAAAACCAUAUCCGCAACAUUGAAAUCGGAGCUUUCAAUGGGCUGGCCAACCUCAACACUCUGGAGCUCUUCGAUAACCGUUUAACCACAAUCCCCAAUGGGGCUUUCGAGUACCUGUCCAAACUUAAGGAGCUUUGGUUGAGGAAUAACCCUAUUGAGAGUAUACCCUCUUAUGCCUUCAACCGUGUACCAUCGCUGCGAAGGCUAGACUUGGGCGAGUUGAAAAGGCUCUCUUAUAUCUCAGAAGGUGCCUUUGAAGGCCUAAGCAACUUGCGGUACCUGAACCUGGGCAUGUGCAACUUGAAAGAGAUCCCCAACCUCAUUCCUCUUGUUCGUUUGGAUGAGUUGGAGAUGUCAGGAAACCAGCUCUCUAUAAUUAGGCCAGGGUCUUUCAAAGGCCUCGUCCACUUACAGAAACUGUGGAUGAUGCAUGCGCAGAUCCAGACGAUCGAGAGAAAUGCCUUUGAUGAUCUUCAGUCCCUUGUGGAGCUCAAUUUGGCCCACAAUAACCUUACCCUCCUGCCUCAUGACCUCUUCACCCCACUACACCACUUGGAGAGGGUACACUUGCACCACAACCCCUGGAAUUGCAACUGUGACAUCCUCUGGCUCAGCUGGUGGCUAAAGGAAAUGGUGCCGGCCAAUACCAGUUGCUGUGCCCGCUGUGCGUCACCUACUAGCCACAAAGGGCGCUACAUUGGCGAACUCGACCAGAACUAUUUCCAUUGUUAUGCACCGGUGAUCGUGGAGCCACCAGCGGACCUGAACGUGACUGAGGGAAUGGCAGCAGAACUGAAAUGUCGAGCAAAUUCUUUGACCUCAGUCAGCUGGAUCACGCCCAAUGGGUCUAUCAUGACUCACGGGGCGUACAAGGUACGCAUUUCCGUGCUCAACGAUGGGACGUUAAACUUUACCAAUGUCACGAUGCAGGACACUGGAACGUACACUUGUAUGGUGAGCAACUCAGCAGGCAACACAACAGCCUCGGCUACGCUCAAUGUGUCCUCGACAGAGAACAGCAACUUCAGUUACUUCACUACAGUUACCGUCGAGACCACAGAAGCAUCACAUGAUGAGGGCCACCCAACGGUACAACAGAAAGGUGGUCCCACUCCUUCUUCUGGAAUUUGGGAGACCUUGCCACCUUCCUUCACCACCACUACCACCACCACAGCACGGACGCCAAUGUCCACCAAGGCCACCGACAAGACCUACACCAUCCCUGUCACGGCCCUGAUCGACGGCUCCCUCAACACCUUGGAUGAGGUCAUGAAGACCACUAAGAUCAUCAUCGGUUGCUUUGUAGCCAUCACGCUUAUGGCGGCCGUCAUGCUGAUCAUCUUUUAUAAAAUGCGCAAACAGCAUCACCAGCAGAACCACCACGCACCGACACGAACCAUUGAGAUUAUCAACGUGGAUGAGGAUUGCGUAACGAGUGGACCUACCAUAGAGGGCCACCUUGCCCUUCCCCCACUGGAGCAUGAGCACCUGAAUCACCUGAAUUACACUGCUUACAAGAGUAUGUACAACCAUGCCUCCACCAUCAAUUCUAUACACAGCUCUGCCCACGAACCUUUGCUAAUUCGGGCCAGCUCAAAAGACAAUGUACAAGAAACCCAGAUCUGAACUGCUUUUCAUAAUGGGGAUUAAACGAAGAAAAAAAAGACCUCUAAAACUCUUAAGGAACAGUAUGUGACAUAUCGAUUUUGAAGAUUGUCGAAACAAAGACAGUAGACCGAUGCAAGACGUAUAAGAAGGAUGUUAAUGGGUAGAAAAGGACAUUGGGAGUUGAGUGUACGUCAACAGUUUCAAAAGUGUCUUUACAUAACAGAAGUUAUUUAUUUAAGGAAAAUAACUAUUGUGGUUUAAUCAAGAAAAGAUGUAAUCAGCAAUUAUUUUUCCAGCAAUUAUUUCUCCAUGUUUUUUAAUGUUAUUUUAUGAGUUGUUGGUUUACUAAUUUGCUUUUAAACUCUGUUUAAAUCUGUUGUUUUGUAUGUGUGGACCCAAUUCAAAGUCAUUUGCAGCUGAAUCUGAAACUGUCCAUCUGUCUGAAACCUCAAAAUUCACUUUUAGUGUCAAUACUCUUAAAACAUUAGGUUAUAGAUUGUCAUAUUACGAAACUUCCCACACCAUAAUUGUGAUCACGUUAAUUCUAAAUGAUUCAUUUUUUGACUCCCCUUAAUUAGUGAUAUUUGACAAUAUCACAUUAUUCAGUUACCCUUGCUGAAAAAUAAGCUUUUUUAAACCAGAUUAAGCUGGUUUGCUGGUCAUGGUUGGUCUCCAAGCCUGGUCAGGCCCAUCUGUUGGCUAGUUUUAGAGGGGUUUUGGGCACUUUUUCAAUUGGACAGGUUGGGAGACAAGCUUAAACCAGAUAAUUUUUCAGCAGGGAUGGCUGCUACAAAUUAUAUGCAGAUGUAUACCUGGCUUCUCUACUCUGAAAUUUAGAACAAAGAGCCCUGGAAACAUGUUCCCAUUUAAAACCGGGCCAAAUGUCAGGAACACAUGUCUAUUUGAUGCAUGCAGGGCAAUUUUGAAUAAUUUCUGUGCUCGGACUAGAAGAUUUAUGGAUUAAGUUAGCAUUUGGGGUCGGCCCACUUGCUUUUAAAUGCAUUUUGAGGUAUCUCCUGCUUAAAAUAAGCUUUAUGUUCUUCAACAGUUUUUGCAUCUUCUUUAACAUAGCAAACAACAUGGUAAUUUCAUGUGGCAGUUCAUCCUUGAUACCCUACUAGAGUUUCCCAAUACUCAUACACAGAUGCAGCACACUCAUUCUAUGCCAAAUGCUAUAUGGGCAGGGGGCCGAAGACUGUAGGCCUUUAUUCAAAGGUUGACAGAUUGGAAUGGCAAAAGCAUAGAGAUGGUACUGACAUAGCACCAUUUCCAUUGCAAUCUAUUUUUUCUUGGUGCUCUCCAUGGAUACAGUUGAAUGGAUUCAUUCUGGGAUGGUCUAAAAAGCCAGACAUAGAACCCUAAAUAACAGGGCAAAGUCAGAUCUAAGGCUUCCAAAGAUGCCACAGGUGUGUCUUUAUAGAUUCUGUAGAUUCCUCUCACUAGUUCUUUUUUCCCUCCAUAUUCUAUCUUCCAACAUUCUGCGCUGUCAGUCUUUUUAUAGGCAGUUAUGCAAUUCUUUUUAAACUUAUAAAUCGUAUUCAGUCACUUUUAUUUAUUUUCGGUACAGACCGAGAAUGAUACAUCCAUCUUUGGCUUUACACAUGCUGUAGUCUUUGGCUGCAGGGGGAAUGACUUGAGAUUAUGAAUUAAUUUAUGAAAUCAGAAUGGCCUGAGACAGUCACUAUAGAAACCAAUGACCUUGGACGGGGCGGGUGGGGGCGGUGAGUAGCCGACAGACAUUGGCUUGACACUGUAAAUGUAUUCGGAGUCAAAUGGGAGAGUAAGGCUGGGUGAAAGAGCCAAAGUGGACUCAUUUGAAGUGCAUAAUUUAAUCUAUAAAGCAAUCUAGAGGGCUAUAGGUAAUUUGAAGUAAACCAAUAAACCUGUGACAUUUUAUUCAGAUUCGUAGCGUUUCGUUUUGGCCAUUCAUAAUUAAUGCAAAAUGCACAGGGGACUGACAGGAAGAUUCUUCUCUUUUUUUUUUUUUCGUUUGGUCUUAAUACAGAUGCCGACUGAUACCAUGUGGCAUUUGGUGAACCUUUCAGUAUCGUAUUUUGUUCACACACCAGAUGCACUCUGAUUUUUAAAGAUCUAAUGCAAUUAUGCUUGUCAGCUUUGCUAUUUCAGUUCAUUACAAAAAAGUUUUUGAGCGUACCUCCUGCCCACUAGAAGCAAAGGCCAUCUGGUACAUUUUCUAAUCAAGAUAUACAAGCGUGCAAAAAAAGACUGUUCUUCAUCUGAAUAUGCUGCUCUUUCGAAUCUUCAUUAAUUUUCUUGUCUUUCUGAUUUUAUUUUGUGUUGUCACUGAAAUUGACGUUAAUCCGAACACAGGUUCAUUACAGCAAAAGAAGAUCCUUAAUGCCAAUGGAGUUUAGCACAAAUGUAAACCAAGUUAUUGAGUUGAGUGUUGCUUUCAGUUCAGCAUUUUAUUUGUUUAUUUUGAAGAUUUGGAUCAUUGUCUUAAAUUGUCAAUUUUUGGAAAAAGUCCUUAAGUUUUUUGUUUUUUUUGUAUGUUUGUUCUGUCCCAUCAUGUAAACACAUCUGUAUUUUGGGUUUCGGUUAAGGAGGAAACGAGAUGCUUUUCUCUCCGUUCCACGUAACUUCUUUCUUUUCGUCUCUGAGAGGGAAUGCUGUUCUAGUGGUAGAUUUCUAUAAAAAUAAAUUUUGAAAAUAAAAACAAAAAAAAACAAAACAAAAACUUUUUAAAUUUUAAUUUUACAUGUGCCAACCUGUUCUAAAAGAUAAAAAAAAAAAAGAGAGAGCGAGAUAUGCUGUAAAAGACGACUGGAUUGAUUUUCAUGUAAACAUUAUUUCAUGACCUUUAAAAAAAAAAAAAGAAAAAAAGAUGGAGAUCGAUUAUAGAAAUCAGAGUUUGUAGUUCAUACACAAGAUAAGGUUACAAAUAAACUAUCAUUGUCUUUUC